AUGGAACCGACUACGCCGUACUUAAAUAUUUUAACAUUGAAAACUAGAAAAAUGCUAAAUGAAAAAUAUUUUGCGUGUGGCGACGCGUUGUCAACCAAACACCAAAACCGGUUAAACGCAACGGCUCCAGUAUACCAUUCUUCAUCUCAAAUUGUUUUUGAUUCACAUUUAAUGUUAGAUGGCGAUGGUCCAUUUAUUAAUUCAUUGAGAAAAGAUCAAAUGUUUGAAACUUACAAUGUUGCUGAAGCCAUCAGUGAAUUUGACGAGGAUUAUGACGACGAUGAAAAUGAUAAUCAAAUGAAAAAAGGAAAAGAUGAUCAUAACUAUAAUGCUAAAACUCGAAUGGUAUGGGUGACUGAUUAUAGACGAAAUGAACACUAUCCGAUAACAGUCUCAAUACAAGAAUUAUUAAUAAACUUAAAUACGGCUAAAUUACCCGAUACUGAAAGCACGUUUUCAAAUCACAGGAGCAUAGCCGAGAGCAAUAGUAAUUCAACAACACUAAUGAAAAAUGAUGAAAUAUUAAUUAAUAUUCUUAGUACACUAGAUUUGACGAAAUUAAGUUUAGAAGAAUUAUUACUUGUUUUGUAUAAACUUCAACAACGGACAACAAUGGAAACAAAUAUUAAGAACAGUAUUCUAUCUCAACAACAGGUUUCAAAUUCAUCAUCUUCAUCGCCAAUAUCAUCGAGAACCGAUCGUAUCACAGAAGAUAGACCAAAAUCAUUUGUCAAAACACUUUCGUCAUCACCUCAAUCGCAGCUACUAACAAAAAAUAAUUUACGAUUGGCUCAGAUUUUAAAAGGUUUCAGUCCGUUGCAAUCGGCUCAGCAGCAACUCGUCGAAAGUGACCAGAAACGCUUCGACCUACUAAACAAAUUUUCAACGUUGUCAAACAGUAAUCUCUCACCACUACAUGAUACAUUAAGACAAAUUGAUAAUUCAAAACUAAAAUCCUCAGGUCUGUUGAGUCCAUCACUAACAAAUGCUGUUAAUUCGUCGAUUGCGUUGCUGAAUGAAACAUCUUCAAAAAGUUAUAUUCAUCGACAACAACAACAAGCUGUAGAUAAUAUUCUCAUGAGAGAACAACCAAAAACAUUCUCAUCGUUUCCUCCAAAUGUGGUUGAUAGUCUAAGUUUAGACAUGAUUAAAAAUUCAAGUUCAAAUGUAAGUUGUCAACAAAAAUUAACACAUCAAUCUGAACAAAAAUCAUUAUCCCCAACGGAUGCUGCCACAAAACUUAUGACAACAUAUUCGAACAAUAAUCAGAUACAACCACAUGAAACACAAGAACAAAAUGGAAUUGAAAAUAUGAAACUGUAUCAUCAGAUGAUAUUGGAACAUAAAAUUAAUCGUUCGCCAUCAGAUAUUGAUUCGACAUCUGCUCAUCAACAAGCGCACCACUUUAAAACAGCAAAGACGUCAUCACCAAUUAUAUCAAAUUCAAAUUAUGAAGAAUCGCAACGUCUAAAGUCGGCAUUUAUUUCGAAUUUGUUAGCUCAACAAAAAAAUUCAAUAUCAUCACCUGCCUAUUCAAUGUUUAAUGCAACAAACAAUAACUUUUCACCUGAAUAUCGUAAUUCGUCAAGUUAUUAUCGACAACAGAAUAGACCAUCGAAUGAUCAAUAUCGUUACUAUCGCAGUCAAAUAUCAUCGUUAAACUCAAGUGACUUAUCGACAAAACUGGACGCCAGCAAUAUGAAUUAUCCUUCUCAACGGUGUGAAACUCCACCAAUUGAUUCUUUGUAUUGUAAAAUGUAG